CACGAAACAAACGGCUUUUCAGUAUCUGAAAUUAUAACAACAUAAUAAUAAUAAUUAUAAUAUGUACUGCAAUCACGUGUAAGCCGCACUGUCCAUAUUAUGGAGCAUAUACGUAUUCCACAUUAUUCUGCCAGCGCUCAUAUUACAGCGCAACUCCACGGGACAGCAUCAUGGGAACAGCGCAACACAGCCAUCCCCGAUGAGACGCCGGUCGCCGACAUCCGCCGGCGAAUGCUGCUGGCCAUCGCCAUCCAGACCGGGAUCAUUGUCAGCGUCGGCAUUCUCAUCGUCGUUCUGGCGCCCAUCGUUUUGCCCAUGGCAUCCGUUCCCAUCAGCCUGUACCUCAUCGGCGGCGUUCUUAUCCUGACGCUCUUCGUUAGCGCACUAAGCGCCUAUCGUGUCCACGCCAUAAAGUCCAUCGGCGGCUUCCAAGCCCCCGCCGACCCGACCGAAGCCCUGUCGGUCGUAGAGAUGCAGGAAGCCAAGCAGUUUCCCGUGUUGUACGCCUUCCGCCACUACAACUACGCGCUGUUGGGCGUGCUGAGCGGCAGCUUGAUCGGUGUUGUCAGCCAAAUCGUGAGAGAUCUCCAGCACGGCCAGGUGGCGAAUAUACAGUGGCCCCUCCUCGCCUUCGGUGCCGGGUUCAUCCUGCUGGCGACCUGUAAUACCUACAAUUUUGUCGCGACGGAGGGCUACGCUAAAGAGCUCCAGGCGAAACGCCGGGAUUUCUUCUCCUUCGAGGAGAUACGCCGCCGACAGCUUAAACGGAGUUCCGCCGCCGGGGCGCCGGUGACGUUCAACCCUUUACCUGCGCAUCUUCCGGUUUCUGCCCCCGAAGAGACGCUGCAGACCGUUCUUCGAAAUAAGUAAAUGCUC